AAUAUUCAUAAACUAGCAAAACGUAUUGGUAAAUCUAUGACACCAACCUAAUAAUGUGACAACAUAUGUUUGGAUAAGCUUUCUUCGAAAUUAGAACCGCCUGAACGAGAAGAGAAAGGUUCGCUUUUAGACAAAAUUGUGUUGUUAAAUUUAAACAAUAAAAUGCUUCCCUCAAUCCAAAUUUCAUUAAUUUUAUUGUUCAGUUUUAUACUGAAAGUACAGGGUGGAAGUUACUGGAGUGAAAUGCAUCAGAAAACACGAGAUGUAAAAAAAGGAAGGAAAGUGUACAAAGAAGUGAUGGAUUAUUGUGAAACAAGAACACCAGAGGGUAUGUCUAGCGGACUGAUGCUGUUCAAAGGCUCCCAUGUGAAGUUUAGGAAUUGCUAUGUUUGUGAUUGCGGUGACGAUGGCCUCACUUGUAAAACGUCGUACGGCUUGAUGCUAUUCGGGCACAUGCAAUGCAAAACAGUGAUAGACGACUGCGAGCCGUUACUAGUGGAUAAAUACCACAACAAUCUAAGGUGUUAUUCGAAACUUCCACUUGAUAAACCCGUUCCGAAAACAGGGUAUCAUGAAAUAAAGGUUGGCAAUAUUUUUGGAUGAUACUGAUUUCAUAUGUACCUGAAAAUAAAAAAAUAAAUCAUA